AUGUCUACUAUUCGAUGUACUGUAACCAAUUGUCGAUGUAUUUCACGUGCUCUGUGUUAUGUUUGUCAUGAAAAUUUCUGCCGUGAACAUUUCGACGUUCACGAUCAUUCGUAUAAUUCAUUAUUGAAAUCUUUAAAUGAUAAAAUUAAAGAUUUCGAUGAUCGUCUCGAAGAUUUCAACAAUGAAGAACUCAUCGAAAAUUGUUAUGAAAAACUUGAUAAAUGGCGUGAUGAUUGUUACAAGACCAUUGAUCAAUUAUAUGCAAAAAAGUGUCAGGAAAUAAAACGACGUUUCCAUGAAAAUAUCGACCGACGACAAGAACGAAUUGUUCAAUUACAAACAAAAGUAACUAAUCUCUUGCAAGAAGAAGAUGUGACAAAGACAAGUGUCAAUUCCUUACUCAUAGAUGUUGAAGGUCUUGAAGAAGAAAUGAAUAAAUUAGAACAAAUAAUUCUUCAUAUUGAUAUACAACCAUUAAUCCUUGAUAAUAAAACAAUAACAAUCGAAGAAAUCAAUACGACACAUUUUAAUUUAACCCAGAUAACUCAUCCUUAUCAUAGUAUUGAUUGUUCAAAUCAUUUGUCAAAGCCGUUGGCAAGUAACGAACAGUACUUAUUAAUCUAUCGAAUGCAAAAUUUAUGUUUAAUUGAUCGAGAAUUAACUUUAGUUAAACAAGUCUCAUGGUCACACAAUCGAAUUUGGGAUACAUGUUGGUCAUCAACAUUGAAUUGUUUUAUCAUCUUAGCACAUUACGAAGUUUAUUUACUUAAUAUAGAUAAUAUGUCAAUUGAACGUGUUGAAACAGUCUUUCGACGUAAUUGGUGGUCAUGUACUUGUUCGGAAUCAUCGUUAUUUUUAUCAACAUAUGAACAUAGUUCAUCAAUCAUGGAAUUUUGUUUGCAACCUUCAAUCGAAUUCAUUAAAGAAUGGAAAUCACCAUUAACAUGUAGAAAAGAUGAAUUUAUCAAAGAUAUUGUUUACAAUAAUCAAACAAUUGCUAUAACGAUUUUCAAUAAGAAAACAUUUCGAAAACGUUUCGAGUUAAAAUCUCUUCGCAAAUUUGAUCUUCUUUGGUCAUUAGAUUUAGAUAUUCGUGGUGAAUGUCACAAUACAUUACGUUGCUGUUCACUUCCGGAUAAUCAAUGGUUACUGACUGAUUUUGAUAAUCAACGUUUAUUUCAUAUUCGAAAUGACGGCAAACUGAAAACAAUUUAUCCUUAUCCAACAACGCCUUGGUAUAUUAAUUUGUUUACUUCCAAUAUUUUAGUUAUCUCAACCCAGACUAGUGUGAAUUUUCAUAAAAUCUAA